AUGGCGGAUGAUACCAAGUUCCUCCUUUUGUUUUUCCUCUUGAGCAGCUCAUUGUUGUGUUUUGGUUCUGAACAUGAUAUCCAGUGCCUAAAGUCUGUACAACAAUCGGUGAUUGAUACCGACGGUGUACUCAAAUCCACAUGGAACUUUGAACAUGAAACCGACGGUUUCAUAUGCCAAUUUGCUGGUGUGGAGUGCUGGCACCCCGACGAGAACAGGGUUCUCUCUCUGCGACUCGACAACCUAGGACUUGAAGGCCCAUUUCCUCAGGGUCUUCAAUAUUGUUCAAGCAUGACGGGCCUGAACCUGUCAAAUAACAAAUUUUCAGGACCGAUGCCUACCGACAUUUCACGGCAGCUGCAGCAGCUGACAUCUCUGGAUCUUUCGCACAAUAGCUUUUCGGGAUCAAUUCCGCCGAGUAUCACAAAUAUGAUAUAUCUGAAUCUCCUCAACCUUCAGCAUAACCAACUCAGCAGUCAAAUUCCGUCACAAUUGGAUUUGCUUACUCGGUUAACUACGUUCAAUGUCGCGGAGAACUUGUUAUCAGGGCCUGUUCCUCGUUCGCUAGCAGUGUUUCCGGCUUCGAACUUUGAUGGUAACCAAGGGCUUUGUGAUUCACCGUUGGGUGAAUGCUCCAGGAAGAGAUGGAUGCCAAUACGAAUCAAUGACAUGUCGAGCAUCAGAGCGGCUGUCGGAUUCGUCCUGGGGUUCGUGGUGGCCUUCUACUUCCCUCACUGCUUUGUCUGCUCCGAGAGGCUCCGUGCCUACGUUGUCCGGAUAAUAUGA